AUGGCAUUUCCGUUUCCCCCUGGUUUCCCUGGUGGAUACGGCGGCGGGUUUGGUGGACCGAUGCGGAUGAUGGGAGGACGAGGCUUCGGACAAGCGAAUUUCUCACAGAGAUAUCAUGCUAUCCCGGUAGCAGCAGCUGACAAGUCUGACACUUCCAAGCUCGAAGCAGGAGGCAAGAUUAUGCUGCCUCCGUCAGCUCUACAGCAGCUGUCAUUGUUGGAAAUAGCAUACCCCAUGCUCUUCGAGAUUACUAACAGAGCCAAUGGUCGCAAGCUGCACUGUGGCGUUCUAGAAUUCAUCGCCAACGAAGGCAGUGUGCUGAUGCCGCAUUGGAUGAUGCAAAAUCUUGGUGUGGACCAUGGCGACCUGGUCACCGUUGAGAGCGCCACACUUCCGAAGGGUCAGUAUGUCAAGUUGCGGCCACAGAGCAAAACGUUCUUGGACAUAGCGAAUCCCAAGGCUGUCCUUGAGAAUACUCUACGAAGUUUCUCAGCACUGACGAAAGGCUCGACCAUCCGAAUUCAUUACAACAACAAGCAAUAUGACAUAGAUGUUGUGGAUAUCAAACCACGAGACACAGGGGCGAUUUCCAUUGUCGAUGCUGACGUCAACGUGGAUUUUGAUGCUCCGGCUGAUUAUGUCGAGCCAGUCCGAGUGCCAGAGCCCCUAAGAUGCAUGUAUCCUUAG